CCCUGUACACCCAGAUGCCUGGAGUGGCCUUUGGCUGGGCUCCAGAGGGAGGUGAAGAUUUGCUGGGUGACUAAUCCAGUCUGAGGUUGCUGUUUACAGCCACGGACAGGGAGGAGUUUUCCCUGGAAACGAAAGCGAAAGAGGCAAAGUUAACCGCCCUAAGUUGCAGCGAGACUGGCAGUCUUGGCCAUACCAGUGGAGGUGAGGAUGGCUGAGCCCGGCUACUUCCCGCUGCUGGUCGAGGGGUCCUGGGGCCCCGACCCCCCGAAGAACUUGAACACCAAGUUGCAGAUGUACUUCCAAAGCCAGAAGAGAUCGGGAGGCGGGGAGUGUGAGGUCCGCCCGGUGCCGGGCAGCCCCGCCCGCUUCCUGGUGCUCUUCCACCCGCAGGACGUUCGGCAGAAUGUUCUGGAGAGAGAGAACCAUGAGUUAGUAUGGCCAGGAAAAGGAACAUUUAAGUUAACUGUCCAGUCGCCCACACCCCGAGAUGAAGUCCAUGAUGUCUCCAAAGGGAAAAUUCCAACAAAGGAAUCCAAGACCAAAGAACAUGCCAAAGAACCAGAACCAGAUGUGUCAGAAGAUGCAAAAAUCCCUCUCAGAGAAAGAUCAGAAAAAGUAGAAGAUAUCCCAAAAGAAUGUGAAAAUAUUCCCUCUUUGGUUGCAUUUGAAAAUGUCACAGCCAAUGUGACUGACAUCAUGUUAAUCUUGUUGGUGGAGAACAUAAGUGGCCUGUUCAGUGAAGAUUUUCAAGUGGAAUUAAUACGAGAUUUUGAGGUUGCCAUAGUUACCUUUCAAAAACAUAUAGAUACCAAGAAAUUUGUUGAAGAUUGUGCCAUGCACCGUUCAGUGAAGCAGCUGCGGCUUUAUCCAAGACUCCUGGAAGAGACAAAAGCCAUCAGGGUGGAAAACCUGCCACCUGGUGUGGACUACUAUAAUUUGAAAUGUUUCUUUGAAAAUCCUCAAAAUGGAGGGGGAAGACUUGUCAGCAUUGAAUGUUUUCCUGAAGAGAGUUCAGCUCUGAUUGAAUUUUUUGACAGAAAAGUGUUAGACACCAUCAUGACCAAGAAACUGUACCUCAAUAAUAUGCCGCUCUCUGUGUUCCCGUACUAUACCUCUUUGGGCACAGCUUUGUAUGGGAAGGAGCAGCCUUUGAUCAAGCUUCCAGCACCAUUUAAAGAAUCUUUGGAUCUUUUUUUAUGGAAGUUCUUACACAAAAAUAAUCAGCUGAUUGAGGAGAUAAAUGAAGAAGUGAGACGUUGUCACUGUGAGCUGACAUGGUCCCAACUCAGUGGUGAAGUUACCAUCAGACCUGCGGCCACUUUAGCCAGUCAAGGAAGACAAAAAAUUAAGAACUGGAAGAAAGAUGUGUCCACAGCAUUCUCUGACAUCAAGUCUAGAUACAAAGUUACCCCAUUUAAAGUGGAACCAAUAGUAUGGGACACUAUAAAAAAUGAUUUGGAAGAUGAAAGAAUUUUGACUGAGUUUGAUACACUUAUGGGGAUUGUAACCUUAGUGGGGAAAUCAGAAGAUGUACAGAGCGUUGAGCCACACGUCAAGGAAUUAAUAGAAAACACCAUUCAAAAAAUUAAAAGAGAAGAGCAAAGUCUGAAGGAAACAGUGACCAUUUCUCCAAGCAAGUAUUCUCUUUUGUGCCUCAGCGGUAUGCAGGAGCAACUCCACAGGGAGUACCCAGAGGUGGAGAUUCUGUAUGACAAAGCCACUCAACACAUGUGUUUUAAAGGACUCGAUGUGGAUGUGUAUAAAGUAAAGUGUGAAAUCCAGGAAAAGGUGUACACCAUGGUUCAGACAAGCAUUCCGCUUCCGCCUGAGGUUUUCCAGUUUUUGCAGCAGGUCGACUGUGCAGAAUUCUCCAAGUCUCUUUUUAUAGCACAGGGAAUUCUUGCAGUUUAUGAGCUAGAGGGUACAACUGUUCUCUUAACUGGCUGUUCUUCUGAAGUCCUAUUAGAAGCUGGAAAGCACAUGGCCAGUGCCCUAAGUUAUAAGCGCAUAGACAUUGAGGACAGGGAAGUUCUUAACAGCAAGAAAUGGAAAAUGAUCACUCGCAAUUUGCCUAAGAAACAUAACUCCUCCUCAAAGACUGUAAUAAUCAAUGAGCUAACUUCAGAAACCACAGCUGAGGUCAUUAUUGCAGGCUAUGUGAGAGAAGUAAAUGAAAUGUACAACUGCCUUUUUGACUUUGUGGAAAAAAACAUGAAAAUAGAGAGAUUCAUUGAAGUAAAGCCUCCCUUAGUUAUUAAUUAUUUAAAGGCAGAGAAGAAGCUAUUCUUGCACAAGAUAAAGGCAAAGAAGCUAAAUGUUCAUGUAGAUUUCAAUCAUGAGAAAAAAACAAAAGGCAUUUUACUAAUUGGCUCAAAGGCUGAAGUCCUGGAGGCUAUGAACCUCCUCAAGCAAGCCAGGGAUUCAGUUUGUAUUAAAAGCAUCUGUAUUGAUAAGCCAGGAGCCAGCCAGUUCUUCAAGGAUAAAGAAUGGUAUUAUAAACGUGAGGUGCGGUCGUUGGGUUGUUUUGUGGAACUACUGCAGAAAGCAGAGGAGGGAGGUGACACUGAUGGGCAGACGUGCUCCUGUCGGACAGAGUUGGCCCCUGGAGUCUCGCUGAUUGUACAGCAAGGUGACUUGACACAGUUUCCUGUCGAAGUGGUGGUGAACUCCGCAAACGAGGACCUCCGGCUCAGCGGGGGCCUGGCUGCUGCUCUUUCAAAAGCAGCUGGCCCUGAGCUCCAAGCAGACUGUGACCAGAUAGUGAAGAAAAAGGGCAAGAUCCCACCUGGCCAUGCCACCAUCUCGACAUCAGGAAAGCUCCCAUACCACCAGGUGAUCCAUGCAGUGGGACCCAAGUGGAAGAAAGAGGAUGCCCAGGAGUGUGUGGUACAGUUAAAGAGAGUAGUGGCGAGAAGUCUCCAUUUGGCUGAAAAUCUCCAGUGCCGAUCCAUAGCCAUCCCGGCCAUUGGCUCUGGAAACUAUGGCUUUCCCUUACCCCAGUGUGCAGAGGCCAUUGUCUUGGCCAUCAAGGAAACCUUCCAGUCUAACUGGAAUGGAAACAGCUUGAAAGAAAUUUACCUCGUGGAUUCAGCUGAGAAGACUGUGGAGGCCUUUGCUGAAACUGUGAAAACUGUGUUUAGGAACACUGUGACUGAUACUGCGUCCCCACCCAGUGUCCCAGCAGCAGUCCAGCCCAGCCUGGGGAAAGACGAUGGAAACAGACGAAUGAUGCUGUGCCCGGGGGGCCUGAGGAUCCUGCUGGUGAAAGGAGAUGUGCAGAACGUUACAACCGAUGUUGUUGUCAACUCCAUUCCUUCGGAUCUUGGCCUCGAUAGUGGGCCCCUUUCUCAGGCCCUCUUGAAAAAAGCUGGGCCAAAUCUCCAGAAGGAAUUAGACAUAGCUGGACAAAAGACAACUGUUGACGUGGGCACGAUUCUUCAAACCAGUGGAUGUAAUCUGCAAUGCCAGCGAGUGCUGCACGUGGUGGUUCCGGGCUGGAAUAAUGGCAACCCAUCUUCACACAAGAUCAUGGAAGACAUAAUCAGAGAAUGUUUGGAAAUCACUGAGAGCUUGUCCUUAAAAUCAAUUACGUUUCCAGCCAUAGGAACAGGCAACUUGGGGUUUCCUAAAAACGUUUUUGCUGACUUAAUUAUUUCAGAAGUGUUCAAAUUUAGUUGCAACAAUCUACCAACAGCUUUGCAAGACGUGUGCCUCCUGCUGCACCCGAGUGAUCAAAGGAAUAUUCAGGCAUUUUCAGAUGAAUUUGAUAGAAGGGCUAAUGAACAUUUCGUCAGUGACAAAAUUCCCAAGGCUGAGAAUACACAAGUUUUAUAUGGGACUGUUACCAAUCCUAGUUCAGGAGUGCAUGAAAUGAAAAUUGGCCCCAUCACCUUCCAGGUGGCCUCUGGAGAUAUUGCUAAAGAAGAGGCAGAUGUGAUUGUAAAUUCAACAUCAAAGACAUUUAAUCUCAAAGCAGGGGUCUCCAAAGCAAUUUUGGAGCAAGCUGGACAAGAUGUGGAGGUAGAAUGUUGUAACUUAGCUCAACAGGGCAACAAUAGUUAUAUAAUUACUAAAGGUGGAUUACUGAAGUGCAAGAAUAUUAUUCAUGUCAUCGGUGGAAAUAAUGUCAAGAAUUCGGUUACCUGUGUUUUGCAAGAGUGUGAAAACCGGAAUUACUCAACCAUUUGCCUCCCAGCCAUUGGGACAGGAAGUGCUAAACAAGACCCAGAUAAAGUUGCUGGAGACAUAAUUGAUGCCAUUGAAGACUUUGUCCAGAAAGGAUCAGUUAAGACUGUGAAAAAAGUUAAAGUUGUAAUCUUUCUGCCUCAAGUCCUGGAUGUGUUCUGUGCCAACAUGAAAAAAAGAGAAGGCUCUCAACCUUCUACUUCACAGUCUGUGAUAUCUAAAAUUGCAUCAUUUUUUGGGUUAUCAAAGCCAUCUCCCAAAAAACAAAUGGUUUUGAUUUUGGAAAAGAAAACAGAAUCAGCAAUUUUUCAGGUGUGUGGUGAAAACGAAAAAUGUUUGGAAAACGCCCUCUCCUGGUUACAGAAUCUGAUCAUAAAGGAACAGAAUCUUUACAUCAGUGAAGAUGAAUGUAUCAAAGACUUUGAUGAAAAGGAAUGUCAAGAAUUGACUAAGCUGCAGAAGGAAUUGAAUAUUUCCCUGAUCUUAGACCGUCAAAAACCUUUGAUUAAGAUUUCAGGAAUGAGCAGAGAUGUGGAACAGGCUAGAAAUGCAGUUGAGGAAAUGCUUAAGACAGUGAGAUUAGCCAAAGAGCAGGAGUCCAAAGCGGAAUACAUCAGUGACUUCAUAGAAUGGCAAUAUAAUGACAAUAACGCUUUUCAUAAUUUUGACAAAAUAACCAAUCUGCAAUUGGAGGAGGCCAAAAAAAACCAGAGACAAACACUUGAUGUCAAAAUCAAUAAUCAGAGCUACACAGUGGACUUGAAAACAUACACUGCUACAGAUGCAAACAGACACAGUUUACCUGUUCGGCGCAUCAUGAAAUCUGAAGUUGAGAUACCAGGACACUGGAGCGAUAUGAAGCAGCAGCAAGUCUGUCUGGUUGAGCUGCAGCGUGGCCAUGCAGAAUACAACCAAGUGGCGGAUGCAUUUAAUAAGACCUGCUCACAAUUCAAGAUACUGAAGAUUGAGAGGAUCCAGAAUCCAGCUCUCUGGAAGGCCUACCAGACAAAGAAAAAAAUCAUGGAUGCAAAGAAUGGCCAAAUACAAAAUGAGAAGCUGCUCUUCCAUGGGACAGAUGCUAACUCAUUGCCACAUGUCAACCUGCAUGGCUUUAACCGCAGUUAUGCAGGAAAGAAUGCUGUGGCAUAUGGAAAGGGAACCUACUUUGCUGUCAAUGCCAACUAUUCUGCCAAUAACACCUACUCCAAACCAGACAUAAAUGGGAUAAAGCACAUGUAUUAUGUGCGAGUACUUACCGGAUUGUAUGAAUGUGGAAAUCAGUCAUUAAUUGUGCCUCCUCCAAAGAAUCCUCAGCAUCCCAUUGACCUCUAUGACACUGUCACAGAUAAUGUGCGAAAUCCCAGUUUAUUUGUGGUAUUUUAUGACUACCAGGCUUACCCAGAGUACCUCAUUACUUUUACACAAUAACAUUGUGGUAUCCUUCUCAGAAGACGUUAUUCAUCUAUGCCAGCAAUUUUCAACUUGUUUCAUCUCAUGGCACAUAAACUAGUUACUAAAAUUCUGUGGCAUACCAAAAUAUAUAUUUUUUGCUGACCU